UCUUCUCUUCUGUUUCUUUUCUUCUUUCUGCUCCGUGUCACUAUUUGAAUCUCUGAUUUUCUCGUUUCCUUCAAAAUUCUUGUUCCCGGAAUUUGAUUCUUUUCUCACGUUUUAGAUUUGAAAUCCCAACGGGAAGCAACCUCCUUCUUCUUCAUGUUUCUCCCUUUGAAUCUCCCGAAAAUCUCGAGCUCUGUCGUGUAGUGGCAAUUGGGAAUUUUUUUCAGCUCCGAUUCACCGUUUUUAGGAUCGAUAACGGAAGCUAGAGAUUCGAUUCCGGAUUCGGAUUGCAUUGAUUCCCACGGAUUUGCUGGGAAUCGAGUAGAAAAUGGCGAAGCGUGGAUAUAAGCUGCAGGAGUUUUUGGCACAUUCCGCAAAUGUAAAUUGCUUAAGUAUUGGAAAGAAGACAUUACGGCUCCUUAUUACUGGUGGUGAUGAUUACAAGGUCAACCUUUGGGCGAUCGGCAAGCCUACUUCUUUAAUGAGUUUAUGUGGACAUACUAGUGCAGUGGAUUCAGUAGCUUUUGACUCGGCAGAAGUUUUGGUGCUUGGUGGAGCUUCUUCGGGUGUGAUAAAGCUGUGGGAUCUAGAAGAAGCAAAGAUGGUUCGAGCUUUUACUGGACAUAGAUCCAACUGUUCUGCUGUUGAAUUUCAUCCUUUUGGUGAAUUUUUGGCAUCGGGAUCAAGUGACACGAAUCUAAAGAUUUGGGACAUCAGAAAGAAGGGAUGCAUACAGACGUACAAGGGUCAUACUCGUGGCAUCAACACUAUCAAAUUUACGCCUGAUGGUCGUUGGGUAGUGACUGGAGGACUUGACAAUGUUGUAAAGGUAUGGGAUUUGAUUGCUGGAAAGCUUAUACAUGAUUUUAAGUUUCAUGAAGGACCUAUUCGUUCGCUAGACUUCCACCCACUUGAGUUCCUCCUAGCCACAGGUUCUGCUGACAGGACCGUAAAGUUCUGGGAUUUGGAAACGUUUGAAUUGAUUGGAUCUACCCGACCAGAGGCUACUGGAGUCCGUUCAAUGAAAUUUCAUCCUGAUGGGCGAACCCUUUUUUGUGGUUUGGACGAUGGCUUAAAGGUUUAUUCAUGGGAACCAGUGGUUUGCCAUGAUAGUGUUGAUAUGGGAUGGUCAACGCUUGGUGACUUAUGCAUCAGCGAAGGGAAGCUCUUGGGUUGUUCAUACUACCAAAAUUCCGUAGGGAUUUGGGUCUCAGAUAUAUCACAAAUUGAACCAUAUGGCAUUGGAUCUGUGGAUAAAAAGGAAUGCAUGGAGAAAAUACUUAGUGUUCUAGACGAUCAGUCUUCCGAGAGAGUAAGGAGUGACCCCAGGCGCAGCUCGUCUCCAGAUUAUGAGACAAAAGAGAUCAAAAACAUAUACAUUGACUGUGGAAAUUCAACUGUUGCACAUAAGUCAGGAUCACUAAGUGCUCCUAAAGCCAAUGCAACAUCUACUGGGCAACCAGGUGAUAAAUCAUUCAUAGUGCAUAGUGAUAUUGGGAAAGACCCUUCUGAGUCCGGAAGGGAAUCUAUCACUUUCUCAAAAACGAAGCCGGGCAUGCUGCUGAGACCAGCUCAUGUAAGAAAAACGCCAACAAAGCAGGCAGUUGCUGUUCAAUCUGGUAUUCUGAAACAAAGCGGAUUGGACGGUGAGAAAGAGCUGGACACUAAGUCUGCGAUUGAUUCAGAACAGAGUGGUAGAAAAACAUUUGAUGCCAGUGAUUCUAUCAUCAAGAGUAUAACCAACAAAUUUGAAAAAGCUUUAUUUCCAGAAUUACCAGCUGAUGAAGCGAAAUGUAUGCAGCUGAAACCGCCUCGUGCACAGAAAUCACCAAAUACUAAGCACGAUGAAAUAAGAUGGGCGGUGCCUGUUGAUUCUGAAACUUUAGACAGUAAAAAAAGUGGUUUAGAGAUCGCAAGAAACAUAGAUUUGCCAAAAGGGAUUGUGGAUGACAGAGGUAAUAACCCGAGUGAGGAGGAUUUAAAUAACAAGAUCAAUUCAAGCAAGCAAGAAAGGGUUCGAUCACCAGAGAAAGCUGGUGAUGAACUAAAAAGCGUUGGAUCCCCUGGAGGUAGCAAAGAAUCAGACUCUGUGAAGGUUGUUAGAGGAGUAAAAGUUGUUCCGGGGAGGACUCGGUCAUUGGUUGAGAGAUUUGAGAGAGGAGAAAAAGUUACUCCUUCUGAAGAUAAAGCAGCCAGUGCAACAAUAGUUCAGAGCACUAAUGUUGAGGAGGAAAUUCCCCAGACAACACUGAUACCACCAGUUAGCACGACGCUUACUCAGGUAAUGCCAGUUAAACCUGAUCAGGCAACUAACGUGAUGACAGUCGAAGCUCCUGUGGUAUCAACACGACGAACUAGGAGUAUUCCAGCCAGAGUAAUGCCUGUGGUACUCGGUCGGGAGAGUAACAUGAGAACUGAUGCGCCUCCUGUAACAUCAGCACGACCUGAUAGAACUUCGGCUACUAAUAUGACAACUGAUGAGUCUGGUGUAACAUCAACACGGCAAGCAAGGUCUUCUCCAGCCCCAGUUAUGCAUGUGAUACUCAAUCAGACAACAAAAAUGAAAUCUGAUGAGCCUCCUGCGACAUCAACACGACCUGAUCGGAGGUCGGCUACAAAUUUGACAUCUGAAGAGUCUCCUAUGACAUCAACACUACAAGCGGCUUCUCCAGCCCCAGUUACUCCUAUGAUACUCAAUCGGAGUCGGUCCACUAACAUGAAAUCUGAUGAGCCUCCUGUAAUAACAAGAAGACCAGUUAGGACUUCUUCAGCGCGAGUAAUGCCUGUGAUACUUAAUCAAGCAACGAACAUUCAUGAUGAGCGUCCUGUACCAUCAACACGAUCAGCUAGGACCUCUCCAGCCCGAGUAAUGCCUAUGAAACCCAAUCAUGCAGAUAAUAUGCCAUCUUAUGAGCCUCCAGUUGUAUUAACACGAUCAGCUAAGAACUCUCCCGCUCGUGCAAUUCCCGUGAAACUCAAUCAAGCAAAUAAUGUGACAUCUGAUGCAUCUCAUACAAGAUCCAGGCAGCGAUUUAGCCCAACUCAAACGCUGGCAACACCUGAGGUACUUGAUCAGGUGACUGAUAUGACUCUGGAUGAGGCACACAUAACAGAAACUCAACCAGAAUAUGAUAUCUUGAGCCAGAAGGAAGAGCCUCAGAUAUCUGGGAGGGAGAAUGAAGGUGACAUCAGUGAGACUUUAAUGCAAACUCAUAAUGAGGUCUUAAAUACUCUUCAAUCAAGGUUGACAAAAUUGCAGAUUGUAAGACAUUUUUGGGAGCGUAGGGAUAUUAAAGGCGCGAUCACGGCCUUGAGAAAGCUGUCAGAUCACUCUGUUCAAGCAGAUGUGAUCAGUAUUCUAACAGAUAAAACAGAGAUUCUAACAUUGGAUCUGUUUUCCGAAUUAGCACCUGUCCUCACAGGCUUAUUGGGCAGCAGGACUGAAAGGCCUAUAAAUGUCUCCUUGGAAAUGCUCUUGAAGCUUGUAGCAGUGUUUGGUACAGUUGUACAGUCAACUGUUUCAGCACGACGAAUGGUUGGCGUUGAUCUUCAUGCAGAAGAAAGGUUACAGAUCUGCCAAAGUUGUUCUGCGGAAUUGCAGAAGGUUCAGAAGAUUCUUCCACUACUCACCAGAAGAGGAGGUCUCAUAGGAAGAAAGGCUCAAGAACUAAACCUAGUUCUUCAGAGACCAUAGCUCCAGUGUCAGAUCGAAGACCACACUCAGAAUCACUUGCAAACCCUAACCUCGCCCCGAGGUUUCCAAUAUGUAUAUUAUCAAAAACUGUCUGCAUGUUUCUUCCAGCGAUUCUGCAUCAUCUGUUGUUUUGAAGAUUCGCUGAGAAGUCGCAGUUUCUCGUGGCGGAUUUUGCGAUAGAAUCGCCCGGGAAGAACACGGAAAACACUCCCACAAAAAAAUCGGUAUAUGCUGUAAAUCGACCUGUCCGUCUCUGGGAUUGAAGUUGUAGUGAUUCAGAUUCUUGAUUCAGAUUCUUGAUUCAGUGAAUCUUUCAAGUGUUUAAGCUGAAAUGGAAAUGGAAAUUACAGUCUCUCUCUCUCUAUGUGAAUGUAAUGUGCAAUCUAAUGAGAAGAUACAUCGGUAAAUGAAUUUUUCAUUUGGCAACCUACCUUUGGCCCUCUUGGCUUAUAUCUAAUUUCAGGCUUGGUCAUGUGGUGGAGAGGUCAGAGAUUUGUUUAUCUACCUGAUGUGAUAUUGACACAAUCUUA